AUGGAUUGGAGGAGUUUGUUCGUGGGUGUUGAGGAACAGUCGCUAGAUUUCUUCCCCCCGGAGUGUCGUGAGGGUUCUAUGACGGUGGUUCCUCCGAAUGUUGUGUUUGAAGAAGGGAUUUUGGAGUGGAAAUUCUCUUUAGUGGGUCAAUUUAUUGGAUCGGCGCCCAAUUUUGGUUCCUUGCAGAAGCUGGUGGAAAUAGUGUGGGGGAAAUCGACAACUAAGCACAAAGCGUUGGUGCUGAGGAAGUGGGAACCUAACCUAAAGUGUCUCGAUUUUAAUUUGGAAAGGAUGCUUGUAUGGAUCCAGCUUUUCAAUGUUCCAUUAGAGCUGUUCUCCAGAAAAGGGAUUAGCUAUAUAGCUAGUGCCCUUGGUAUGCCUUUAUACAUGGACUCAAUUACAGCUUCUAAGGAGCGUCUGGAAUUUACCAAGGUUUGUGUUAAAGUAGAGGCUAGAGCUCGGUUGCCCCGGUUGAUUGAUGUUAGGCUGCAAGAUGGGACAUUUUGUAUUGUGAAGGUGGUCGUUCCUUGGUUUCCUGCAUGUUGUUCUAAGUGUAGAAUCUUUGGGCAUUCGGAUAAGACUUGCAAUGUUGGUGGUGGUGAAGGAAAGAGGGAAUGGAGAGUCAAAGAUAAGGCUUCUGGAUAUAAUUUGGGCUAUUUGACUCGUGAGAAGGAGGAUGUUGCUAUGGGAUUGACAGUGGUUGAAGCUGAGGGGCAGGCUCUUAAUGUUGGGCAAGGCUCAGCUGUUGUGGAAGUUUGUGAGCUGUCCAUUAAGGCGCAAUCGACUGUUGGUAAGCCUUCGGUGCUGAGCAUUGUAGAGGAUAAGGCAAAUGGCAAUAUGGAUGCUAAGGCUAAUGUUUCUUUACCUUCUAACCCUGCUGAGGAUAAGAUAAGGGUUAGUGAGCUGCCUACUAAGGAACAGCCUACAGAAAGGCUGAAAUUAAAGAUGAGUAACGUUAAGGAUAAGGCUAGUAGUAGUAUAUUCCCUAAGGCUGAUGGUUCAUUGCCUCCUGACCCUAUAUCACAUGGAAGAGGUAAGGGGAAGAAGAAGAAGAAUCUGCAGUUUUCUGUUUUGAAAGUGGAUGAUCAAACUAUUACAAUUCAAGGCAAUUUGGGUGACAGAAAUGUCUAUGUUUCUACUGUGUAUGGCAGUAAUAGUGGAGCUAUAAGGAAAGAAUUGUGGAAUCAACUUUCUGAGGUAAGUACUUUAGUUGGAAAUAAUAUUUGGAUUGUUGGAGGAGAUUUUAAUGUUACUGCUGAAGCUGUGGAAAGUUCUAGCUUUGAGGUUGGGUUCCUAUCUUCAGAAAUAGAGGACUUACAGAAUUGUAUGACUACUCUGGAGUUAAUGGAUCACCAUUUCUUUGGACCUGUCUUUACCUGGUCAAAUAAGCAUGAUGAGGGGUUUCUAGCUAGGAAGUUGGACAGAGUGUUAGUGAAUGAUCACUGGUGUGAGGGCUUUUCUAACUCCCAUGUGGAAUUUCAAGCCCCUGGAGUUUCUGAACAUAGCAUGGUUGUUACAUGGUACUCUCAUGAUAGCCUUACUUCAAGGCCUAAGCCUUUCAAGUAUUUUAACUUCUGGGCAUUACAUCCUGACUUCAAGGAAGUUGUUGGGAAGUCUUGGGCUGAAGUUGUGCAGGGUGACCCCAUACAAGCUUUAUUUUGCAAAAUAAAGAGGUUGAAGGCUGAGUUAAGAGCUUUUAAUAAAAGGUUUUAUUCUAACAUUUCUGGGAAGGUUGAUGAGAAGAGGGAACAGUUAGAGAAAAAACAGAUUGUGACUUUAACUGGUGGAAAUCCAGGUGAUAUGGCAGAAGAGAGGAAAAUAUACUUUGAGCUCAUUGAUCUAGAAAAAGCAGAAAGGUUGUUUUACCAGCAGAAGGCUAAAGUUGAUUGGCUGCUUGAUGGAGACCAAUGCACAAAAUUUUUUCAUUCUCAAGUUGCAGUUAAAAGGAAGAGGAAUACUAUAAGGAUUGGUACUGAAGAUAGUAAUGUGCAAGGGUGUUCAGAUCUUUUCCUGAGUGACCUGUUGGGUUAUGCCUUGCCUGCAGGUGCCAAUGUUGAUUUGGUUAAGGCUGUCACAAGUGAUGAAGUUAGGGUGGCCAUUUGGAGCCAAGGAAAGGAUAAGGCCCCUGGCCCUGAUGGAUACACAGCUGGGUUUUUCCAAUCUGCCUGGGACAUUGUGGGAACAGAUUUUAUGGCAGCAGUGAGGUUUACUGGAUUUAAUCUUGGCUACCUACCUGUGAGAUACCUUGGGUUCCCUCUUGUGCCUAGGAAGCUAACCGAGAAAGACUGUUUUAGCCUGGAGGAGAAAAUCAAGGCAAAAUUAGGACUUUGGUCCAACAGAUGGUUGAGUUAUGCAGGUAGACUGCAGCUAGUGAAAUCUGUCUUGCUUAGCAUUACCAAUUUUUGGUGUAGACAGUUUAUUCUACCCAAAGCAUUGGUUAGAAGGGUGAAUCAGCUCUGCGCAAGGUUUUUUUGGAAGGGUGGUGGCAUUCCAACUAAGGGUGCUCGUGUGAGUUGGGAUUGCAUUUGCUCACCUAAGUCUGAGGGCGGCUUAGGCCUUAAGCAAUUAGCUAGCUGGAACAAAGCUUGCAUUUUGUUAUUGGUUAAAGAGCUUCUUAUGGCAGAGGGGUUACUUUGGGUUGCUUGGGUGAGAUCUUACGUUUUUAAGGGAGUGGAUCUCUGGUAUGUUGAAAGUAAACCAUAUUUCAUUUGGUGCAUACGGAAAAUCUUAAAAGUUAGAGAGGAAGUGCAACCCCUAUUCUCGGGGAUCAUGGACUGGGGCAGAAUUAAUGCUCGUUGGUUGUGGCAGGAGAUUAGAGGGAGGACAGUGAAGGUAGAAUGGCAUAAGGCUAUCUGUUUCCUUUGCACACUCCCAAGCACUCUCUCAUUGCUUGGAUGGCCAUCCUCAACAGAUUGCCAACGGCUGACAGACUUAUCCGUAUGGGGAUUGGGGUGGAUGAUAAGUGUAGGCUAUGUGGAGCCGAGGCCGAGACCCGCAGCCAUAUCUUCUUUGAAUGCUCAUACUCGAAAGCUAUUUGGGAGGUGA